UUGCCCAGACCGAGUUCAAAGCCUACACAUCCGAGAGAGCAGGGGCGGUGCCCGUCUAAUUUCCUUUCUGACCGAAAGGUCCACCGCCACCGGGACAAACUCCGCCCGCGGCAAACUCGCGAUAGCAGCAGCUUUUGAGCCUCAGCCAUCUUUCCACUACACAUUCCAAACCACAGAAAUGCACUAUCUGUUCAUCAUACUCAUACUAACGGCUCAAUUCAGUCGUGCAGAUGCAACGUCAACACAAGUGCCUGAACACUAUCUAAUUACGGACUACAUAUUAUCUCGUUACAACAAGGGACUCAUUCCAAAACGAUUGCAGAAUGAGUCCAUUAAAGUGACGUUUUCAAUGGAACUCUAUCAAAUUAUCCAAGUGAAUGAACCACAACAGUAUCUGAUGCUGAAUGCAUGGAUAGUUGAGCGUUGGGUGGAUAACUUACUCGGAUGGGACCCAGCAGAAUUUUCGAACGUUACCGAAAUCAUGAUACCAUUCGACAAAAUCUGGAUACCAGAUACCACCCUGUAUAAUUCGCUUGUCAUGGACGAUCAAGACACCCGGCGGCUCCUCAAUGCCAAAUUAACAACUCGCGGGAAGAAUGAGGGUGCAUUAAUAGAGUUACUCUAUCCUACUAUUUAUAAGCUUAGCUGUGUCUUGGAUUUGAGGUUUUUCCCCUUUGAUGUACAAACAUGUAGAUUAACAUUUGGAAGUUGGACAUUUGAUAAUACUUUGAUAGACUAUUUCCCUUAUAAUGCCACUCAUGCUAUCGGUACGGCUAAUUGUAUCGACAACGAAGGAUGGACAGUUUUGACAACGUCAGUGCAUCGUCAAGUUAAUCACUAUGCCUGCUGUCCAAACAACUACACCUUGCUUGAAUUUAAUCUUUCCAUUCAAAGAAAACCGUUGUACUAUGUAAUCAAUCUAAUAACGCCUACUUCAAUCAUCACGCUCAUCUCAAUCAUUGGGUUCUUUAGCUCAUCGUCUAUCAAUGAGUUGAGAGAGGAGAAGAUUACUCUUGGGAUUACUACAUUAUUGUCAAUGUCAAUACUGAUUUUUAUGGUCUCGGAUAAGAUGCCAUCCACGUCUUCAUUCAUCCCUUUGAUCGGCUGGUUCUAUACGAGUAUGAUUUUAUUGAUAUCUUUAUCGACAUUAGCUGCUUCAGUUGUAAUCUAUAUCCAGAAACAAGGAAUUCUCGGUAAGCCACCUUGCAAAAGUACGAUGAGAUGGGCACGAAGGGUUGCUCGUAUAGUACGAAUGGAAAUGCCUUUGCUGAUGAAACAAGCCUAUGCCCUAAAAGCUAGAGAAGAAAAACUCAGAAGAGCGCAGGAAGGUCGAAAGCAGAGCUUAUGGCAACGUGUGUACAAAAUAGCAAGAGAACAAGCACAACAGCGCAAGAUCUCAACUUCUUCAUCUAAGGUUAACGCAGUAAACGGAAAUGGAAUCUCACCAUCACCGGACGUGCAGCGACUUCAACUGCCAAAGAAGAUUUGCACGAUAAAUGACGACGUUACGUGUAUUUCUGAUCCAUGCGAUACAACUGGUCUUGUGGACAUUUCGAAUGCCUCAGAUGAGGAAUCAUCGGCUCCAGAUAUUGAGUAUACACCUCCUCCACCACCUGCAUCAAAGUUUCAAGGAUUGCAGAAAAUGAGCACGUGUGCCUCGCUUGAUAGUAUGAUUCGGAACGUAGAUUUUAUCUCACCACGCACAAUGCAGCGGAAUAUGGCCGAAUUGGAGUAUGAUUGGUUAGCAGCUGUAAUAGAGAGGAUAUUUUUGAUAGCUUUUCUAAUUAUAUUCUUGUUAACUGCAGUGGGUAUUAAUUGCAUUGGCUUACCGUCGAUUCAUGACACGCAGAGACUGAGCGCCAUUGCGCCAUUGCUUACCUUGCAAUCUUUGUGUGCUAUGAAUCGCCGCGUUGUUUGA